AUGAACGGUAUCCACGUUUUUCUUUUCUUCUUGGGACUUUUUGUAAAUGGAGAAAAGAUCCUACCAGCCGGCGGACAAAUGGUAUACGCCUAUAAUCUCACAUGUGAAGGCAAACCACUAACAGGGGUAAGAGAACAUUCUGAUGUUGAAUCUAUAUUGGUAAUGAGAUUACCGUAAACCUGGAAGUAAUUAAGUUUUAAAAUUAUGAAAAACUGCAUUUUUAUGUUAGGUAAAUGUUGAUUUUUAAAUUUUUUAUUUUCGGCUACUUUUUUGGGUAUACCAUACCAAUGAUAGUAGGUAUGUUGAAUGCAUCUAACAGGUUCUGUUUUUUGUACACAUAAUAAAGCGCAUGAAACAUUUGUUGCAAAAGACAUGUGACACGUUAUAAUUAACAUAUUUUAUACUGUUUAUGUUACUUUAACAACAUGAAUCAAACAGCGUAAUAUCCCUGCAAACUUACAUUAUAAGUAACUAAAACAAAUAAUUUUAGAUCUUAAAGUUCUACACACAAGACCAAACUGUUGACAGAGUUAACUUGACUCAGCUGUACUACAAUCAUUACUUUACUGAGCCUGAACCACCUUCAAAAGUUUUCGUUGAGUUGUAAGUUAAAAUAUAAUGUAACCGUUACAAUGUAAAUACUGUGAAAUUAAUUGAGCCAGAUGGUUGCAAUUACAUAGCUUCUAAAAUUGGUCUGAUACUUUAUAUUACUUAUUAUCUCAUUUACUUUAUAACUCAUUUAUAAUAGAAAGUACAAGUGCAAAGAAGAAUGUCACAUGUACGAAGAUCAAAUCAUUUUCGAUAUUAAUGUUGCUCAAGCUGGAAUGAAAGACAUGGACAUGGCUGAAGUAAGUCUUUUUUAAAUUUUCUUGGUAAAUGUAUUAGUUUUAAUGGUUAAAAGUACAGAAAAAUUAAAAAAGUUAAACAUAAAUCUCAAGAAAAAAAGACAAAACUUUCGAAAAACUUGAUGACCUUGUCUAUGUUACAAAUAAGAUCAAAAAACCCAGACAUUACUCAGACAUAAAAUAAGAACAAUAUUUUUACAUUUACUGUUUUCUUUGUUAGAAAAAUAAGUUUUGAAUGUAUUUAAAACUAUCACAAUCUCAUUUUUUAGCUUAUGGAACACCACGUAUCGAUUGCCUGCAACUUUACUUUAACAUCGCCAUAA